UUUUUUUUUGAGAAUAUUAAAUCAAGAUUAAAUCAUUUUUACAGUAAAUCAUACAAUGACUUUCAUUACAUGUCUUAAUGGGUUCAUAGGUAUAUUUUACUGACAACAUUUUUGAACGCCACCAAUGUCCAAUACCGAAUUGUCAUUUGUCAAUUUAUUGACUUUUAGAACUGGACGCAAAAAGCCGAAAGAUUGUUUGUUUAUCGUAAACUAAAUAAACGUGUUGUUUAUUAUUUGAAUAAUUAGUCAAAAAGUGAUUUGUUGCGAUACUCUUCUUACAAAUUUAAUUGGAGUGAUUUAAAGAAAAUCGCUAGAAGUGACGGGAAUGAAAAUGGCGGGACUCGAAUCAAUGGUUGUUGAAGAGGUUAAACCAGCGGAAAAACCAGUGGAUAGAGAAAAGACAUGUCCUCUGUUGCUGAGAGUAUUCUGUUCAACUGGUAGACACAAUUCACCAAGCGAUUAUGCAAGGGGCGGUGUACCACAAAAUGAACUCCAAAUCUACACAUGGAUGGAUGCAACGCUGCGGGAACUCACUAGUCUAGUCAAAGAAGUGAACCCUGAGACAAGACGUAAGGGAACUUAUUUCGAUUUCGCAAUUGUAUACCCAGAUAUGAGGACACCCACUUAUCGAAUGAGAGAGAUUGGCGUCACUUGCUCAGGGCAACGGGGAAACGACGAUAACAAAACACUAUCGCAGGUUAAAUUUCAAAUUGGGAACUAUUUGGAUAUAUCUAUCACACCAGCCAAUAGAAUGCCUCCUCCAAUGAGAAGACCCCAACCUUUUAUGAAUAAUCGCCCAUAUUAAAAUUAAGGCAGUGAAUUAAAAUAAAAUAAUUUAAGGUAGUUCAAUGUUUUCUUAUGAACCUUGCCCUAGAUUUUGUACGAUUAUUAAAUGAGAAGUGAACUGAACAAAUUUGUUUUAUCAUUAUUGUAGAUGUUUGAAUUGAUAAAUGAGUAAUGAAAAUUAUUUACUUUAAUUAAGGCAACCUAUGUAUUAAAAAUAUUUUUAAAUAUCGGAUUAAAAUGUGACUUUGUAAGACUUGUAACUAUGAAGUAAGUUCUUGAUAAUUAUGAUUUAAAAAUCUGUGUUUGUUACAACUACUUGGGAUUCCUCUUUAUAAAUACAAAAAUGAAUUUGUAUUUAAAAUAAUAAUUUUGACUAGUGUUUGUCACUAUGUAUACUUUUUGUAAAGUGGAUAAUGCAUAGUGCACAGCAUUACAGAUAAAUUUAUUCUUACAAGAGAGGAUAAUGUAUGUAUCACAGAGUAUUACAUAGUAUAGCAUCUUUUAUAUACAAAACAUUUUGUAAUAAUUAAUGAUGUAUGAACACAUGUAGGUAAUAAAAGACAAGUUAAUUUUUCCGACAA